CAACACCUCAGUCACAAUUCACAGUCAGUCAGCCGGUGUGCAGUUGUUUGAACGUUUUAUACUCGUCAGUUAUUUAUACAUCGUUCAUAUGAAGAACCUUCAACGCUAUAGUUUCACAAUCUUAUCCUAUAUCGUCAUCGAGUGAUAACUUAUCGUAUGCUAUGCCGCGUAGAUAUAGUCAUUUAAAGUUCACGCAAGUUAUGCGACUGUGUGGUGAAUAAUAUCUGUUGGAAAGUGUAAUGAGUGUGCCUUGACUUUAACAUUAAAUAAGUAUUUGUUACUUUAAUACUAUUGUUAGUACUUCGUGAUGUCGUUAUUUAAGAAGAAAGCGCCGAAGUAUUCUGCACCGCCAGUGCCUCCUCCGGCAGAGGAUACACAACCGUCUAAUGGUUUGGAGAACAACAAUGGAGCUCAGAAGUCGCAAUUAGUCUUCCACUGUCAACAGGCCCAAGGGAGUCCGCUUGGACUGAUUUCCGGAUUCUCAAACGUCCACGAGCUGUAUCAGAAAAUAGCGGAAUGCUACGACUUUCCUCCGGACGACAUUUUGUUCUGCACAUUGAACACCCACAAAGUGGAUAUGAAAAAGUUACUCGGCGGCCAGAUCGGAUUAGAUGACUUUAUAUUUGCACAUAGAAAAGGUCGGCCAAAGGAAAUAGAGAUAGUUAAAACGGAAGAUGCACUUGGAUUAACGAUCACAGACAACGGGGCAGGAUGUUCCUUCAUUAAGAAGAUAAAGGAAGGAUCUAUUGUGUCCAGGAUACCACACAUAGCGAUUGGAGAUCACAUUGAACGAUUAAAUGGCGAGAACGCAGUCGGCAAGAGACAUUACGAAGUAGCAAAACUACUAAAAGACAUACCCAAAGGAACUACAUUCACGAUUAGACUCAUAGAACCAUUAAAAAGUGGUUUCGCUAGCAUCGGCCCUAAAACUGGCAGCAUGAGAUCAGGGAAGAAGCAAAGUUAUGGAUCUGGAAAAGAAACUCUCAGAUUUAAGGCUAACGGUCAAGCAACAAUAGAAAAUGAGCACGACGAGAGAUCCAAGGCUGGCAUAGACAAAAUAAACGGUUUAUUGGAAUCAUUUAUGGGAAUUAAUGACACUGAACUUGCAACACAAAUGUGGGAUUUGUCACAGGGGAAAACGAAUUCGAUGCAACUUGCUGAAGCUAUCGAUAAUAGCGAUUUACAAGAGUUUGGGUUCACUGAUGAAUUCAUAAUCGAAUUAUGGGGCGUCAUCACUGAUGCCAGAUCUGGAAGACUCAGUUAGAGAUAUUAUAAAUUGUAAUACUAAGAAUAAUUAGCUAAUAUAUUAUAGGUAAUUAUUAA